AUGCUACCGCCAAGCCUAUUAUCGGUCCUCCUCGCAGCUCUUUCUGCUUCUCAGCUUGCAUCUGCCUGGCGAUUUAAUCUACCGAGUAUCGACCUCCGAUCCGAACCUUCUCCCGUUCGACGCUUAUUACCGAACGCAAACAAGAAGUUAGCCCAUGUCGUCGAAGAUGUUAGGUCCACCGAGAGUGGUUCAUCAACAAUGAACUCCUCAACAUCAGGAACAUCAGGUCCCAGGGUUGAAGAGACCAGGUCUAUACACGCUAGUUCGUCAACAUCGAGCUCCUCGACAUCGAAGCACCCAUUUUAUGGCACUGGUCCGUCUACCGGAUUCCCGUUCUAUGGUACCGGCCUUCCCGGUAUUCCUCGGCCUCUAGCCACGGGCAUCUCUACCAGCCCAAGCUCAAGCUCCAGCUCUAGCACCAGCACCACCAAGAUUAGAGGCAAUAGCAGCAAAACCAGCAUAUCCACAAACUCCAGCUCCAGCUCCAGCUGUAGCACAAGCGCCGCCAGCAGCAGCAUUACUACUGUGAACACCGGCACCAGCACCGGCACCACUUCCAGCAUCGCUCAGAUCAAAAUAGUCUUAUCCUCAACCUCAACCUCAACCUCAACCUCAACCACAACCUCAACCACAACCUCAACCACAACCCAACCAGCCGAGGAAUCAUCACCCCCUCCCCCUCCCACCACAGCCAUAAUACCCCCCGGAAACCCAGCCAACCCCUCCACCGGCUCUCUAGGCGGGGGUUCCCUCCCUGCCAACCCUUCCAACAUCGUGACCAACCUCAUCUGCGGCGACGCCUGGCUCGCCCAACACAACGGAGCGUCAUGGGCAAACUACGGUGGAAUCAUGAAGUUGAUCAAGGACGUUAGUAUCAGCCAAUUUGAGGCUGUGUGGAAUGAUAAGAGUAUGAAUCCGGCGAAGUUCGAGGAGGUGGUUAAGGACGGCGGACAAAUCGAUCGAAUGUUUAGUAUCCUAUGGGGAGCGAAUUAUAUCCUUGAGGAAUGUUUCCCCUUUAUCAACAGGAAGGAUGAGAAGGGUAUUAAGGGGAUUCAGGUUGCUGGCGAGGUUCAGUUUGCGGGUGGGUGGUCGGUUGUUGUUAAGGGUGGUCAGUGUUAA